UUGCGGUCGAUGCGACUGUUGCGACACCACCUUUUCUCCAAUUUGAUACAUAUCUCUCCUACAACGUCACUAAUUAAUAUAUUAACCCUUGGAUUCAAUUACUUCGUCUAUUUUUUCCUCUUAUACCUGCUUUACCGGAUUGCUACUUUUUACCUUAUUUUAUCGCGGCCUUCAUCUGGCCAGCUUCCCUCGCCAUGGGCAUCGUGAGUAGCCGACUUGAUGAUGGCGCUGCCAUCUAUUUAAGGGAUCAGAAUCGAUUCUCAAUUGCUUCCCUCGUUAUUUCUUGUCCUCGCAAGCGAACCUCAAUCACUAUAGUUCCGAACGCUUUCCCGGCGACUCGGGCCACAGCAACGCGAACAUCUGGUGAUUCUGGACCGGCUGAAUUUGUCCAGGAUAUCGACCCUACGGUUCCGCCGAAUUUCCUUCUUAAACUUAAUAAUGACGACGAACUCGUAUUCAACUUUACCUUUGUCAUCCGACAAGAAGAAACAACCCCUGGAAUCGAUACGCAUAUUAAUGGCUUGACAUACGUUUAUGCUUCAAGUAACAGAGAGCUUGAGAACCUUGUCACCCGCGAGUUCCACGCAGACCCGAAUCUGCACAAAAAUGCGAAUGUGGAAUUGGUCGGAGAUUACACUACAGGUGGAAGUCCCUCAGUGACGUUUGAGUGGUCGUGGAAAUGGAAGCCACCGAAGACGACGGAAGACGCGGGAGGCGGGUGGAAGAAUGUGUGCAGUUUCGUCGAAUACGACCAGCGAGCACACCGCCUAGAUACCCUCGCCCGAUUUUCUUUUUGGGUUGCUAAUACAUCACCUUACUCAAGCCAUCCUAAUUCCCCAUCUCCCGCCUUUCAGUUAGCUGUUCCCCCAAGAAUACGGGCUCCGUCAUCUCAAUCGGUCGACUCACGCAUUAGUGAGCAAGAAGAGCCAGUAUCUCCUAUACACCCUCUACAUCCCCAGGCCGAUACACUAUCUAUCGCACCUACUAUUGCGCCAAGCUCCCGGGAAUCUAUCAAACUUGAUAUAUCAUGCCCUCGACCGGGCGACGACGUGACUGUCAGCGACGAUGGCCCGGUUUUUAGAGCUACUAUCAAGGCGCUCGAACAAAAGACAGGCAACAUGAGAACCCAGAUGAAAAAGGUGCUGAAGAAAGCCGAGCACGCGCACACUGCUCAGAUUGAGGCGAACGAUGCUUUUGUAGGGUUUAUGGACGCCCUUCGGGAAGCCUCUGCAACGAACGCCAAUGCCGUCCAACCUGCAAUAGAUCACUAUUUUGACAGGAUCGCUAAAGAAAUACUCCUUUACGAGAGACAAAACGCCUUUAAUUUACAAAAGCUUAUUAUUGACCCUAUAGGAAAAUUGUAUACGUAUGAUAUCAAACAAGCAGAGUCAAAGAGACGAGACUUUGAAGAGGAAAGCAAGGACUACUAUUCUUACGUAUCUCGGUACCUUGGCCAACGACAAGACUCGGUAAAGACUAAGAAGCUUGCCGAGAGCGAUACUAAAUAUCAGACGAAGAGGAGGAAUUUUGAGCUCAAGCGCUUCGACUAUUCGUCGUUCAUGCAAGACCUGCAUGGUGGCCGCAAGGAACAGGAAGUACUGUCACAUCUUACCAAGUAUGCCGACACCCAGGCAAGGAGCUUUCUAGCUACUGCCCAAAAGGUUGAGGACUUGCUACCGCAACUAGAGGCUCUAGCAAACGAAGUACAAGACGCCGACAAGGAGUUCCAAUACCAAAGACGCGAGCGGGAGGAAAAAAGACGCGUGCUGGAGAAGAGUAAUCUACAGUAUAAUGAGCCGGAGACUGUGAGUUCGGCAGCCAAUGCGCCUCCAAACCAGAACGCCAAUGGCAACCUGCACACCUCCGACUCUGAGCUUGGCCGUGCGGAUAGUACUGGUUCUCAGCUUAAAGCAGUCCCGACAGGGAAUUCGGGUACCAUAGUCACAGGAGGCACAGACCUCUCAAGGUCUCCAGGGAGUAUCGGACAUGGCAUCUUACACAGCCCUGCACAGACCUUAAAGUUUAAGGGUAUACGAGAUUUGGAGGAGAAGGAUUUCAGUCAGUUAACCAACGCCGAGAAGAACUCGACACACCGGAAAGAAGGUCUACUCUGGGCCUUGAAUCGGCCUGGCACCCACGUGGACCCUCUCUCACUGAAUAAGCAGGGCUGGCACAAAUUCUGGGUUGUAUUAGACCAGGGGAAAUUAUCGGAGUAUAGUAACUGGAAACAGAAGCUCGAUCUUCAUAUGGACCCUAUAGAUCUUCGUAUGGCAUCUGUCCGCGAGGCAAGAAAUGCGGAGCGACGAUUUUGCUUCGAAGUCAUCACACCCCAUUAUAAGAGAGUAUACCAGGCAACUUCGGGCGACGACAUGAACAGCUGGAUUCUCUCUAUCAAUAACGCUCUCCAGAGCGCGGUCGAAGGCCGUGGCCUCAAGGAGAAGCCGAUGUCUCCAGGGGAGCCGACUAGUCUUAAGCGUGAUAUCGGAUCGAUCCUGACCGGGAAGAGCAGUUCCUUGAAUCACGGUUCGCAUCACGGUUCUCACACAAACACCAGCUCUGUUCCUUCUCGUCGGACCACGGUUGGAGCGCGGCCUGCAAAUGCGCGUACGCCUAGCAGCAGUUACGACGAAAAUCCGGACAAGCUUCUUCAGAUGCUCCGUGAUAAUGACCAAGGAAAUUGCUGGUGUGCUGACUGCGGCAGCGGAUCUAAGGUUGAGUGGGUAUCGAUCAACCUAGCCAUUAUCCUCUGCAUCGAAUGCAGUGGCAUUCAUCGAUCUUUGGGGACACAUAUCAGCAAAGUGCGAUCGCUCACUCUCGAUAUCACCUCAUUUACGCCCGAUAUUAUCGAGCUAUUGCUCCUUGUGGGAAACAGAGUCUCUAACAUGGUUUGGGAAGCUAGAUUAGACCCAUCACUAAAGCCAGGUCCUCAAGCUACGCGAGAGCAGCGCCUAAAGUUCAUAACGGCGAAGUAUGUGGACAAGGCUUACGUGGAGCCAAUCUCGGCCACACUCUCUCGAUAUCCGACUGCCGACGAAACGCUCCUUGCGGCUAUAAAACGCAACGAGAUCCAACAGGUCAUCUAUGCAUUGGCAUUAAAAGCCAAUCCCAACGUUCUAGAUAAAGUCCGCGGGACCCAUCCAGUCUUUUUAGCCCUCGCGGCAGCUGAUCCGGCGUCACCAUCACCUACUACACCUACAUCUGGACGACCAGAGCCCGAAACCCGAGUUGUUCCUUUCCCGGUUGCUGAAAUGCUAAUACAAAACGGGGCGGAGAUACCGUCAUCGAUGCCUGCUUUCCCGUUGAGUCGAAGCGCGCAGAUGUAUAUAGAGCAAAAGCGGGGCCGCAAUGCUGCUAUUGAGGCCUCGGGCUCAUCAUUGUCGGGUAGCCUAAGUCCAAGUCCGAGCGAGCGACUUCAGCGCGAUAAGGACGCACGCCUACAGAAGCGCAUCAGCGCGGGCGGACGCCUGGCUAAGUCGCCGAUUCCCGAGCGGUAGAAACGGCGGAAGUCGAACACGUCACUCUCAUCUUCAUCUCCCUUGCCGUACUUAGAGAAGAAUCAGUUCAGUCGACGGAGGUCAAAUAUCACAGGUUCAAAUUCUUCUUUUUCAUCGACUUCCGAACGGUAGAAAC